UCAGAAGGGGGAUUCCCCUGGUGGUGUACGGAGACAGGCUACGGAACAAACACGGACUCCUUCUUCAUCUUAAGCGGGGAGAAGGGAAGACCCUAAAUGGGGAACGGUGAGCCGCAAUGAAGUCUGGAGCCCCUCUUCCCCCAUCUGCCCUCCUCACAGGAUAGAUGGAGUCUGAGACUAUAUAAGAGGAAAGCCACCCUUCCGGGAACUCUAUUGUCUACCGGGGCCUGCACUAUCCCCAAGCCAGGUCGUCCUGAUCAUCUCUGCCUAAUCUCUGUUGGGCAGCCUCUGUUGCUAAUAAGGAAAAAGGAGAGAAACCACCUGCUGCUGUCAGAGGCCACAGACCACCCGCCGGCCUUCCUGACUCUACCCUCCAGCCACACGCGGGACCCUGGGCACAUAGGUAGCAGGAAGAGCGAAGUAGGGGUGGGUAGCUGUGUGUAUCCUGGCGUGGAGUCCUCCUCACUCCCGAAGCCCGAGGGUCCUGGGGCGCUCAGCCUGUGGAAUCCAGUUGACAGCUGGCCACUCCUCCCCUCCCCACUGGAGGCUCUUUUGGGAAAAAAGCGGCCUGACCGGGGCGCCCCGCCAUCCUCCCAGUGUACCCCACCGCUCUCUGCUGGGGGCGCAGCACCUUGGAGAGAGGCGCCUGGCCCGGGGCGCCUCUACCUUGCGCCCGGGGGGUCAGGGUCGCGUGCCGGGCCGCUGCCGAGGGUCCCUGCUCACCCCUGCCCAGCCCGGAGCCAGGCGAGACAGCGCGGCGAGCCUCCUCCCCUCCCGCCUCGGGCGUCCUGAGCCCGCGCCCGCUCCAGUUGCUGCAGCUGCUGCUGCUGGCGGCUGCGAGGAGCGCGGGGCGCGCGCCGAAGAGGCUUGGGCGGCGAGGACGGGGACGAGGAGGAGUCGGAGGCGGCAAGGAGGAAGAGCGAGCGGAGGCCGAGGGGCUCAGCCGCGUGGCGACAGGACUAGGGGGUCCCGAGAACAUGGGCUAGCAGGCGGCCACGGCCUGGCGGCCGGACGCGGUGAACCUGCCGCGGCAGGGCGCGCACUGGCGCGGCGAGCCGGAGCCGAGCGCAGCCGGGGGAGGAGGGCUGGCGCAGGGGCGCCCUGGCAGAGGGGGCCGAUUAUCCAUUAUUAACGAGUUACCACCUAAUAAGCGGAGAGCGGCUCGUUAGCCGCGCGGGAGGCGCUCGGGGAAGGGGGUCCCCGGCCGAGCGCAGCGCACACCCGUGGCGCACGGCGGGCGGCGCGGCGCCGAGGACACCCGGGCCCGCGCGCGGAGCCGGGGCGGGCCCGGGGGCGGCGCAGACCCCGGGCGCGGGCGGCCCGCGGCGCCCCCUUGCUCUCGGCGCUCGGGGCCAGCGCAGCCCGGGGCGAGCGGGGCGCGGGCCGGGGAGGGGGAGCUGCCCGCGCACUCCAUCCCCCUCCCCCCCGGGCGGGCCGGCGGCCGGGGGGAGGGCGGGCGGCGGCGGCUAGCUGUAUAUAUCUCGGCGCACCCCGCCAGGUCGCGCACAGCGCCCCGAGCCCAGGCGCCUCCCCGCCCCCCUCCCGCGCUCCGCGGCGGCGGCGGCGGCAGCAGCAGUAGCAGCAAUAUGGCUGUUGAUGGGUGUUUGGGGUGGCGCUGGCGGCGGGAGGAGCUCCUCCGAGCCCCUGCGCCGGCUGCCCGUUGCUAGCUAUGGCAAAUGGUGGCGGCGGCGGCGGCGGCAGCAGCGGCGGCGGCGGCGGCGGCGGAGGCAGCAGUCUUAGAAUGAGUAGCAAUAUCCACGCGAACCAUCUCAGCCUAGACGCGUCCUCCUCCUCCUCCUCCUCUUCCUCUUCUUCUUCUUCCUCCUCCUCUUCCUCCUCGUCCUCGGUCCACGAGCCCAAGAUGGAUGCGCUCAUCAUCCCGGUGACCAUGGAGGUGCCGUGCGACAGCCGGGGCCAACGCAUGUGGUGGGCUUUCCUGGCCUCCUCCAUGGUGACUUUCUUCGGGGGCCUCUUCAUCAUCUUGCUCUGGCGGACGCUCAAGUACCUGUGGACCGUGUGCUGCCACUGCGGGGGCAAGACGAAGGAGGCCCAGAAGAUUAACAAUGGCUCAAGCCAGGCGGAUGGCACUCUCAAACCAGUGGAUGAAAAAGAGGAGGCAGUGGCCGCCGAGGUCGGCUGGAUGACCUCCGUGAAGGACUGGGCGGGGGUGAUGAUAUCCGCCCAGACACUGACUGGCAGAGUCCUGGUUGUCUUAGUCUUUGCUCUCAGCAUCGGUGCACUUGUAAUAUACUUCAUAGAUUCGUCAAACCCAAUAGAAUCCUGCCAGAAUUUCUACAAAGAUUUCACAUUACAGAUCGACAUGGCUUUCAACGUGUUCUUCCUUCUCUACUUUGGCUUGCGGUUUAUUGCAGCCAACGAUAAGUUGUGGUUCUGGCUGGAAGUGAACUCUGUAGUGGAUUUCUUCACGGUGCCCCCCGUGUUUGUGUCUGUGUACUUAAACAGAAGUUGGCUUGGUUUGAGAUUUUUAAGAGCUCUGAGACUGAUACAGUUUUCAGAAAUUUUGCAGUUUCUGAAUAUUCUUAAAACAAGUAAUUCCAUCAAGCUGGUGAAUCUGCUCUCCAUAUUUAUCAGCACGUGGCUGACUGCAGCCGGGUUCAUCCAUUUGGUGGAGAAUUCAGGGGACCCAUGGGAAAAUUUCCAAAACAACCAGGCUCUCACCUACUGGGAAUGUGUCUAUUUACUCAUGGUCACAAUGUCCACCGUUGGUUAUGGGGAUGUUUAUGCAAAAACCACACUUGGGCGCCUCUUCAUGGUCUUCUUCAUCCUUGGGGGACUGGCCAUGUUUGCCAGCUACGUCCCUGAAAUCAUAGAGUUAAUAGGAAACCGCAAGAAAUACGGGGGCUCCUAUAGUGCGGUUAGUGGAAGAAAGCACAUUGUGGUCUGUGGACACAUCACUCUGGAGAGUGUUUCCAACUUCCUGAAGGACUUUCUGCACAAGGACCGGGAUGACGUCAAUGUGGAGAUCGUUUUUCUUCACAACAUCUCCCCCAACCUGGAGCUUGAAGCUCUGUUCAAACGACAUUUUACUCAGGUGGAAUUUUAUCAGGGUUCCGUCCUCAAUCCACAUGAUCUUGCAAGAGUCAAGAUAGAGUCAGCAGAUGCAUGCCUGAUCCUUGCCAACAAGUACUGCGCUGACCCGGAUGCGGAGGAUGCCUCGAACAUCAUGAGAGUAAUCUCCAUAAAGAACUACCAUCCGAAGAUAAGAAUCAUCACUCAAAUGCUGCAGUAUCACAACAAGGCCCAUCUGCUAAACAUCCCGAGCUGGAAUUGGAAAGAAGGUGAUGACGCAAUCUGCCUCGCAGAGUUGAAGUUGGGCUUCAUAGCCCAGAGCUGCCUGGCUCAAGGCCUCUCCACCAUGCUUGCCAACCUCUUCUCCAUGAGGUCAUUCAUAAAGAUUGAGGAAGACACGUGGCAGAAAUACUACUUGGAAGGAGUCUCAAAUGAAAUGUACACAGAAUAUCUCUCCAGUGCCUUCGUGGGUCUGUCCUUCCCUACUGUUUGUGAGCUGUGUUUUGUGAAGCUCAAGCUCCUAAUGAUAGCCAUUGAGUACAAGUCUGCCAACCGAGAGAGCCGUAUAUUAAUUAAUCCUGGAAACCAUCUUAAGAUCCAAGAAGGUACUUUAGGAUUUUUCAUCGCAAGUGAUGCCAAAGAAGUUAAAAGGGCAUUUUUUUACUGCAAGGCCUGUCAUGAUGACAUCACAGAUCCCAAAAGAAUAAAAAAAUGUGGCUGCAAACGGCCCAAGAUGUCCAUCUACAAGAGAAUGAGACGGGCAUGUUGUUUUGAUUGCGGACUUUCUGAGCGUGACUGCUCGUGCAUGUCAGGCCGUAUGCGUGGUAACGUGGACACCCUUGAGAGAGCCUUCCCACUUUCUUCUGUCUCUGUUAAUGAUUGCUCCACCAGUUUCCGUGCCUUUGAAGAUGAGCAGCCGUCAACACUAUCACCAAAAAAAAAGCAACGGAAUGGAGGCAUGCGGAACUCACCCAACUCCUCGCCUAAGCUGAUGAGGCAUGACCCCUUGUUAAUUCCUGGCAAUGAUCAGAUUGACAACAUGGACUCCAAUGUGAAGAAGUACGACUCUACUGGGAUGUUUCACUGGUGUGCAGCCAAGGAGAUAGAGAAAGUCAUCCUGACUCGAAGUGAAGCUGCUAUGACCGUCCUGAGUGGCCAUGUCGUGGUCUGCAUCUUUGGCGAUGUCAGCUCAGCCCUGAUCGGCCUCCGGAACCUGGUGAUGCCGCUCCGUGCCAGCAACUUUCAUUACCACGAGCUCAAGCACAUUGUGUUUGUGGGCUCUAUUGAGUACCUCAAGCGGGAAUGGGAGACACUUCAUAACUUCCCCAAAGUGUCCAUAUUGCCUGGUACGCCAUUAAGUCGGGCUGAUUUAAGGGCUGUCAACAUCAACCUCUGUGACAUGUGCGUUAUCCUGUCAGCCAAUCAGAAUAAUAUUGAUGAUACUUCGCUGCAGGACAAGGAAUGCAUCUUGGCGUCACUCAACAUCAAAUCUAUGCAGUUUGAUGACAGCAUCGGGGUCUUGCAGGCUAAUUCCCAAGGGUUCACACCUCCAGGAAUGGAUAGAUCCUCUCCAGAUAACAGCCCAGUGCAUGGGAUGUUACGUCAACCAUCCAUCACAACUGGGGUCAACAUCCCCAUCAUCACUGAACUAGCUAAACCGGGCAAGUUGCCUUUGGUAUCAGUCAAUCAGGAAAAAAACAGUGGGACGCACAUUCUAAUGAUAACUGAACUGGUGAACGAUACUAAUGUUCAGUUUUUGGACCAAGACGAUGAUGAUGACCCUGAUACAGAACUGUACCUCACGCAGCCCUUUGCCUGUGGGACAGCGUUUGCCGUCAGUGUCCUGGACUCACUCAUGAGUGCGACAUACUUCAAUGACAAUAUCCUCACCCUGAUACGGACCCUGGUGACCGGAGGAGCCACGCCGGAGCUGGAGGCUCUGAUUGCUGAGGAGAAUGCCCUUAGAGGUGGCUACAGCACCCCGCAGACACUGGCCAAUAGGGACCGCUGCCGCGUGGCCCAGUUAGCUCUGCUCGAUGGGCCAUUUGCGGACUUAGGGGAUGGUGGUUGUUAUGGUGAUCUGUUCUGCAAAGCUCUGAAAACAUACAAUAUGCUUUGUUUUGGAAUUUACCGGCUGAGAGAUGCUCACCUCAGCACCCCAAGUCAGUGCACAAAGAGGUAUGUCAUCACCAAUCCCCCCUACGAGUUUGAGCUCGUGCCGACGGACCUGAUCUUCUGCUUAAUGCAGUUUGACCACAACGCCGGCCAGUCCCGGGCCAGCCUGUCCCAUUCCUCCCACUCGUCGCAGUCCUCCAGCAAGAAGAGCUCCUCUGUUCACUCCAUCCCAUCCACAGCAAACCGACAGAACCGGCCCAAGUCCAGGGAGUCCCGGGACAAACAGAACAGAAAAGAAAUGGUUUACAGAUGAACCGGAUAAUGCCUAUCCCAGAAACAUUCAAAUCAAGCCCAUGAGCACCCACAUGGCUAACCAGAUCAACCAAUAUAAAUCCACAAGCAGCUUGAUUCCACCAAUCAGAGAAGUUGAAGAUGAAUGUUGACUCCCAGGAGACCAGAACUAUUUUUUUAAAGCCUGACAAACUUCAUAAAUGGUGAUGUGACUUUUCUUCUUACAUGCUGAAUCACUGGUGGAAACGUUAGGAUAAGCAAGAAUUGCCAGAAAACAAAGUAGACAGAUCUUUCUCUGUGUCUGCCUUGAAUAUUGCUUCCAUGUAUUUUGGAAAAGAAAAUGAUUUCAUUUAUAAAUGAACAUACUAAAAUAGUCAUGUAUAGCCUCUAGCAUUUUAAAUUAUUUUUAUUUAUUAGAAAGAAAAUAUAUUUUUUCUUUUCAUUGUCAAAUAUCUUCCCUAUAUCUAAACAAUGCAAAAUCUAAAUGAAUAAGUGGUCAGACUCCUUAAUGUGUUUUUCUCUUCUUUCUCUCUUUUUCUUUGAGGAGAAUGAUGGUCACCACCACAAUUAAUUGUAAUUAAGGGAAAUGAAUUAUUAAAACAAUUUUAAAAUGGCCAAUGAUGUAUACAUGUAUUUUAGUAAAUCCAAAAAAGAAGACUAAGGGGACAGGUGAAUACCUGCUCCUCGCCUGGAUGGGUGUGUAUUUUGAUCUGCAUUGACACCAGCUCUUAAUAAAUGGAAACUUUUAUUUUCACAGUUGAAAGUCAUAUUUUUGUAGUUUUAGUUUUCAUUCUGUAGUUCUCACCCCUUUGUUCAUAUUUUUAAAGGGAAGACCUUCUGCUGCUUUUCUACAAUUGGCAGAUCAGGUUUGUCUGGCCAACUAAGGACACCAGGAGGGUUGUGGGCACGCCUGGGAUGUGGAAGCUGAGGACCAGAUGCACACAAGGCAUUGCUCUGUUUGCUGUUCUAGUGGUGGAGACUCCUACGUGCUGUUAUGCUUCUCAUUUUAUAUUUCCAAACCACCUGAGCGAGUAAUGUCAACUUUGGGAGGGUCUGGUGGACUUUCUCCCCACUCCCCAAGUCUCAGAGCUUUUAGCCUGGAAGUUUGUAAAACUGAUCAGUAGUUUUACUUUACCAUAGGAUGUGAGAGGGCAGUCAUUCUUCUCACUGAGUUUUUGUUUAAAAACCAAGAAAUUUCUACAAUCAUGGAGACAGAUUUUAAUUUGCAUGCUCUCCUUUAUUUAGUUGCUGGGGCCAAACACAUGAACUUGUUACAACAAUUUAAAAAAUAAUAAUAACAAAGGGAAAGCAAUGAAUGCACUUCAUAUGGACUGUUAGAAAAGGCCUUUGAAAAUUACCAGUAGUGAAAUCAAAUAAAUCAGCCACUUUAAACUGCGGUCAAAAGAUUUUUCUAGCCAUCAGAUGCAAUUACCAUGUCUCAGAGCUCUGCUGUCGCUUGCAUGCUCAGUGUACAGUCCCCUGGCAACUGUUUUGUUCCAAUCAACUUAGCAAGUCUUUCAACUUUAAAAUUAUCAAUCUUUGUUAUGAUCAUCAAGGUCUCUGGAGAAGCAUGGAUGUAAUAGUGAUUUCUAUUUUCUUAAAAAAUGUAAACUGUGGACACUUAAUGGAACCAAGCUAACCAAAGUAUCUCCCCGAAGUUCCAUGAUAUCUAGUCCAUUAACUCUUUGGGCCAUGACCUGUGGUACCUAGUUAUGGUAGUGCAAAUCAGAUCAGAGCAAAGCAAUGAGAUCAUCAUGAAGACAUAUGUCCACUAAGUACUCCAAUUACCAGCAUAGGCAAAAUGAGCUUCCACCUCUGUCCACUCCCUGCAGAGCCAAUAUAGUCGUGCUUCCACCUCGUAGGCAUUGUCCUGCAGUAACUUGUCGGACUGUGGUUACUCUGUCGUCACAUUUUGUAGAAUUAGUUCUAUAAAAGUAUUGUGAAUACAAUGUAUGUCCAAUUGGAUUGUUUAAAAACUACUUAUAAUUAAUCACUGGCCUACUCAGCAGACUAAAAUGAUGUCAACAGUCUAUAUUCAGGCUUAUAAACAUUUCUUGGUUUCCAACAGAAGUCAAAUGUGUUUGUGGGGAGAACGUUUUGCUAGGAUUUUGACAACUUUCCUGAAAGCUAGGCCUUCUUUUACAUAAUGAUUUUGCAUUGGGGUCACCUUAGUAUAUUCACGUCAAUCCACGCUCUUCUUUCCUUCGUGAACCACAGUGGGCUCUUCACUCCUGCUCGUAAUAACCACCUCCAAAUUUGUUAGAGUGAUUUGGUCUCCUCUGGCAGGCUGUGGUGGCCACAUAAAGGAUCUUCCAUUAGAGGGACACAGGACACAAAGCUCCAUUCCCACUACCCUGUCUUCCCUGUGUCACCCCUACCAAGGCAAUCUGGAAGCAGAAAUGCAGACUCUAGCCCCAUCACACAUCCACUGAUGCAUUUGUGGCUAGAGAUUUUAAUCUAAACUUUAAAAAAAAAUCAUAAUAGUUAGGAUAGUUUCCUAUAGCAAAGGGCUCCUUGAUUCAUAAGCACCCCCCCUCCAGAAAAAAACCAAAUUGGUAGAAAUUCAUUUUCUUUUAAGUAGAGCAAUAAGUUCAUACUGUGUUGCCAUUGUAAUAAUGAAUUGUUCUGGACUAGAAAACAAAAUGAGGCAUUUUGUUAAGGAGGUAGGAAAAUGACUGGUUGUUGGGCCCUUUAGCAAAAGCUGGUGCCUGGUAAGUAGAAGCGAAAUGGAAACAGAAAUAACAUUUGUGAAAUCACUGGAGGGCUCAAGCAAAUGCCAGAGCUUCUCCCUGGCUUGUUCCUACUUGUUGAGCUCUUUGGCCCUGAGUCCCAUCCAUCUCCACUGUGACAGUCUGUCUUUCUGCCUACAUCCGCCUGAGACCAAGGAGGGUCUUUGGUACAGUCCACAUUCCGAGGUUCUGAUUUCCCAUCCCAGUUUAGGGCUCCAGAAAAGCCAUUCUCCCAAACUAAUGAUUCUUGGGUGCUGUGGGUCACCAACAGGCUGUUUACAAAGCAGAAAAUAUCAUCACCAUCAUAAUCUUUCUCCUUGAGAAAACUUUUAUUUUUGUCUAAGCAAUUUUAUAUUUUAGAAUAUCAUCUUGAACCGUUAUAAAACACCUUAAAUAAAAGUGAUUGUGACUAAGGCACAUUGGAGAACAUUCCAAAACUCUUUCCUCCCAAGGGUUCUGGCACCUUAUGAUGUAUUUUGUAAAAAAAUUGAUUGAAGAUUUUAAAUAAACAGGAAAUUAGAAGUGUUUGUUAGGGUUAGAUAAAGGAAAAGUGAAAAAGCAUAAGAAAUUUGGGACAUUUUCAUGUUGAAAGGAGAAAAAGCACAAAUUCCCUAGUUACCAUUUAAUAUAAGGGUGCAAGAGCCACAUUUACAAACAACUAGCUAUGAUCUUUAAAAAUGUUUUAAAAACUCUCUGAGUCUCAGUGACUUCAUUUGUAAAUGAGAGUGAUUCAUCUAGAUGACUCUAAGGUCUCUUUCAGGUCCCAGGGGACAUGAUCUAAGUUAGGAGUGGGAACAAGGGAGUGGCUGCUUCUCCUUGGCUAAGCCCAUGCAGACUAUUGUGUCCAGGACUGGAAUAAAGUUCUUUUUGCUGCAUCACCCAGGCAACACUCGCAGCCUUACUCAGGAGUAGUGAACAUUUUCUGCUCUGGACAUAGAAUAGGUAGGUUCAUUCCUGUGCUUUUCACUUUAGAUUCUCUUUAGGUUCAAGAUGCAAAUUUCUCAAUUCUGACACACCUGAAUCACGUUGGUCAAAUUUUGCUGCCGGUUUCUAGGGUUUUCUUCUCAAUUUCAUCCCUGCCUUCCCUUUUUUCUUGUUUUUUUUUGGUUCAAGGCCCAGCUUCAGUUAAUCCCUUCAUCUCUAUGCCAUGUCUCCAAUUCCUAGUAUGUAACUAGAGGUUCAAGAGACCCCAAAUUCCUGCCAUUUUCCGCAUUUAUGUUUCCCCAUGUGAAUCUUCAGGAAGUAACCAGUCUUCCUUCUCACUUCAUUUCCUGUCCUCUGUUUAUUUGGUUAUUUUCUUUCAUUAAUAAACUAACCAUCUCUUAGCUACUUACAUUCACAAAUGUAAUUUUAAUCUAUUGUGUUUUAUUGUGAAAGAGAAUCUCAUUGAAGGAAGGAAGGGCGAAAUUGAGGAAUAAAGGUAGGAAGGGAGAAAAACAAAGACUAUCCAACCAAUUGACUGAGAUGUGAGCCAGCUUGACUCCUAGGAGACUAAAUAGAUCCAUUCAGCUUGAACACUGAGUUCCAGGGCAGAAUCUGUCCAUUUUCUGUUUUGUUCUUACUUGCUGCUUUUGGAAUGGUGGUAAAGCCACCAAUCACCAUGAACCUUGAAAGGACCUUCACUAAUGAGUACUUGACUCACCCUCUUUAAAAAGCAAAAGAAACAGAAUUUACUUACAAUCUUCUGGUAAAUUACCUUUCUGCUCCUCUCCUUAUUCCCAAAAGGCAUUUUUUUUAAUCCAGCAGAGAUGAUUUAGCAUAUAAAUCCCAGGUCAUUUGAGGAGGUGAUGAUGCUAUUUGGAUUUAUUUAUGAGAGAGUAGUAAUUAUAAAUGAUUCCUAGGCAGUUUGUACUAGUUUGGUCAUAUUGGUUGUUUAAGUGGAGUCUCUUCUGAUUGGUUGUUUCCAAUAAAGUAUCAGUUGUUAAUAAUUUCAAGAUUUCCAUAAAAAUAAGGAGACUUGGAAAACAUUUUUAUUUUUAUUUCUUAAGAGACCACAGAGCCUAAUUUUCAAUUUUUAUGGUAAGCUUACUUAAAACAUGUAUAAAAAGAAGCCUAUAUGCUCAAAGGCAGAGGCACCUUUAGCCCUAUGACAGUUGGAAGCUCCAUGAUCUCACAACCCCACAUGGAUAGAUUGGAGAAAGAAUCUACUUAGACCACCUGUAGCAGACCUUCCUCUUUUGGCAUAUUUUUUUAAUCACAAAAAGGACCUGAGACUCCUUAUCUAAAGAUAAGCCAAACUUGGGGUAUACAUUAAGAAUCUGGGAAGAAAGAAAAAAAAGAAAAAGAUAUAAUAAGCAGUAUUUUAAAAUACCAUGAGUUAUGGGCAUGCAUAUGGUACAAAGAGUAGUUCUUUGGGUUGAAAGAAAGAAGAGUUUGCAUUGAACUGCAUAGGCUGGCAAGAAUGCAGAGGCAUAUAAUGUUUGAUGGGCUUUGGAGGCAUUUCAAUAGUAAAUGGGUGAGAAGACUGGAAAGAUGUGGAAUAUGAGAGUUUUCCAGGGAGAUGGGACUUAAUGGGCCAUGAUGUGUUUGUAGGAAUGUGAUUUCAAUAGAUUGACUAUUUUGUCUACUGUGAUAAGUUUGUGUAGGGAAACUCAGGAAAACUGAGUUGAGACUUCGUGGAAAGGGCUACAAAGUACAGUCUAAAGGCCUAGAUAAAGUUUGAAACUUUAUUUAGAAAGUCAUGAAAAGCCACUAAGAGUUUUAAGCAAAGAGUGAUGGGGCAGCAAUGGCUGUGCAUUUUUCAGGUUGAAAGUAGUGAGAUGUCAGUUCUUCCUGGAAGAUAUCAUGAGAAUGCACACAAAACUGAACAUUUUCUCAGCAGCAAGGAGUGCUAAAGGGUGUACACUCCAAGUCAACAACUCACCGUGUGCAGCACCUCCCUUCCUCACACAUUUUGCUUUGCUUUCUGUCACAGGACCAUCAGACGUAGAACGUCCUGACUCUUCUGAAUUACUAGAAUGUUAGCAACAAACUCACAAAGUAGAUUAGAGGGUAGGAAUAGAUACAUACAUUUUUAAAAACCUGCCAAUCAUACUAUUUUCUAGACAGUAAUAUAAUAAGAACAUGAGGCAGGACAUCCACAAAUUGUAAAGAAUAAUUAAUAGUCCAGAACUGCCAAAUAGGAAUUCCCAUUAUGAAAACACCCUUGCAGCUAAUCAGGUAGCCCUUGUUUAGAAACCAGUUAGCACUCAUAAAAUAUUUGUAAAAGGAGUGGGUAGGGGAGAAAUGAGCACAAUAUAGGUUCUGCCAUCAAUCAGCUUAUAAUACAACUAAAGAAAGAAAACAUGCUCAAAGCAUCAUUAGAGAAAGGGUGAGCCCUAACGACAUAGUUUCACAUUCAAUAUGGUAGGAGUUGAAACAAGGGAGAAAUGCUGUGGUUUGAAGUGAUUCAGCAAGGUAGGAUUUCUAGAGAAAGGGGGGUUUAGGAGUUAGAUAAGUAGAGGAUUAACAUUCUAGGUAUGAAGGCAGGAUUAUCUGGCAUGUGGCAGGGUGAAUGAUGUUAAUCAGUAACUGCUAAUUGAUAUUUACUGAGCAGCCGCUGUGUCCUCACGACUGUAAGACUAUUAGAGGAAGAUAGCCCACCUGCCUAACUGGGAACACAAGGCACACAUAUAUUGGAAAGAUCAUGUUGCACAAAACAGGUGUUCAAUAAAUAAUUUUUGAAUAAAUGUGAACACUGAAUAGCAAAUAAAUGUUAUGGAUCGUAAUAGUUGUAGAAGAUUGGUUGGGAUUGUAGGGACUGGAUGUGGGGCAAUGGCUGUGGGUCUAGAGUAUAUUCAUUGUGCAGUGGACACACACCUAAUCUGUCCUCAAGGACAGAACCAUGUGGAGGAAUAGGAAAACAAGAGAAGCAGGCAAGAAGCGGAGGUAGUGAGUACAGCAGCUAAGAAAUGUUACAUUGGGUUCAUCAAGAGCAAGAAAAGCUGAGAGCUGUCCAUGAGGGAAGGCCAUACAGGCAAGAGGAGUGGGACAGGGGAGUAAAGGAGUGGGCUACAACAGGCCCUGCAGAUGUGGAAGCCAGACCCACAGAGGCACUUAGAAAGUGAGGAUCCUGGAUGAAUUAUUUUAGGGAGAAAGUGUAGGUUUAGAUCAGCUGGCAGAUGUGUUUGUGGGCUAUAGCCAUGUUUUUCAGGACUAAAAGGGAGCAAAAUAAGUAGAUCUUCUUGGGACAGGAGAUCUAGGGUACUCAGAACCAGGGAAAUGAGAAACAAGAGGGGAAUUUUAAGAAAGAGAGGGCAGAUCAUCUAUGAGGUUGGCGAUGAAAGGUGUUGGAGAUGGUGAGGCACAAGUCAAAAGACUCACUCGAAGGGCAGGAACUCUGCUUAUUUGUCCAUAUUCCCAGAGUUUGUCAUGAGGUCUGCCCCAGGUGGGCAGUCACUCGGCCAUUAUGUGUCACUGUGGCUGCCAUGGUGGAUGGAGGCUGGACAGGACCUAUGGUGAUUGGCAGUCUUUCUGGAGGUCUCACCAGGGAGGGGUCUCAGAGUGGGCAUCUCCUUUCACCUUCCUGUGCAUGUCACUGCACUGUUCUUCUUCCCUCCCUGAACAGCACACACACUGCACCCUUAGUUUCAGGGGUCUGAAAACAAAUGCUACAACCACCUUGCUUUGGUGGCUUUUCUGAACAGGCAUUGUGAGAAGAGAUGUUCUGGCCAGGUGAAAGUGGACUUUAUCUUUAGGUAGGUUUUUCAGUUUAGAAAGGUUGCCUUUGCUUAACCCUUGAGGACUUCUGUGCUGCUGCUUCUCCUCCGUCUUGCUAGUUAACAGAACAGGGGCAGAAGUGACACCAAUGCUCUCAGCCAUGCCUGCCUUGGGAAGCACUACCGGGCCCCACUGUUUAGAAUCUUAGAUGGAAAUGUACACAAGGCACUGACACACGCCUGCAGGAGUGACCCAGUGCUUCCCUCCCAUGGGACUCAGGGUCAGCGUGGGAAGGCAGCUGGCAGGGACAGGAGCCCCGCCCGCAAGGUGGACCAAGCCUCACUUCCACACAAAACCAGAGUCCCAUCUGCCCCAGAGCGCUCGCUCUCCUCCCCUUCCUUCCGCUCAAUGCAGCCUGACACGCCUUUGACCAGAACUGCAACAUUUCAAACAUAAACCCAGAUCUGUUGGGAAAUCCUAAUUAAAAACGUUCCAUUCCCAGGUGGCACAAUCACAUCCUGCCUAAAACUUCUGGCCCACAUCCCACCACCCAGAUGUUGAAAAGAAACCUUUCUCUGCUUAACACCAAAACCUGCACUUCAAGGUUUCUUUAGGGGACAAAGACAAAAAAAGUACACACAUGCAGAGUUCAGCCUACAUGUUCAUUGAGGAAAAAGAGCGUGGCUUAUUCAUCUUUCAAUAUUUUGAUUGUUGGCAUUAUGAUUAUGAUUAUGAUUAAUUACUCUGACCUGACAGGAAUUGAAGAAGAGAAUAUAUGCUGGUGCUCUGAAAUGAUCUACCCAACUCUGUCAUCUGUAACAACCAGUGAUAACUCUCUUGUCUUGUAAAAAGGGUUUGUACAUAACUUGUACAUGGUUUCAUUUUGUAUUUUUCGCAGAUUAAAAAUUUAUGUAUUUGUGUUCUAAAACAA